CCUGUCCCUUCACCGCCCUCUGUGGCCGUUCUCAUGUCAUCAUGUCCUCCUAGAAACGGUUGCUAACAACUGGAGAAAGAGGAGUGCAGACAAGCGUGUCGGCAUUAAAAGUGGUAUCCGUGGAUAAUUGCGCGAACUACAAUUUUUCAGUUCCUACAGAGUACAAUUUAAACCAUGCCUCGAGGAAGAUCAGCCACCAGUGUCCACUCUGACAGCAGUGACAUGGAUAUUGAUGGAAUAGCGGAAACAGAGAUGGGAAAACUGCAAAGACAGUUCCGGAUCAUGGGGGGAGACCGGUUGGCCUACAGCAUCCAGUCUCAAGAUCACAUACGCAGACAGCGGCAGGAGAUAGAGACGCUUGAGAAGGAACAGGAGGAGCUACAGCGUAGUCUCUGUGUGUCUGAGAGCCUAUCCCGGCGGCAGCGGGACAGUGAGGAUGCCCAGACCCUGCGCUCCAUGCUGGAACAGAGGGACGAGGUGGGGGACGAGGUGGAGAGGGAGAGGCAGAGUCAGGCAGAGCUGGAGCAGGAGAUCUCUAGCAUGGAGAGAAAGCUGACAGAGCUGAGGAGAGGCGAGGUCACUGCUACUCUCAGCCAAAAGUCCCAGUCCCGACAAACUCAGAAGGCCUCACGCACCCUGGAGAACAAACUAGAUAGAGCCCUCAUUCGCUUCAACGAGCAGCUGACUAAAAACAGCCACCUGAGAGAGGACCUGGAGACUCUGCGUGUGGAGCGGGUCCGGUUCCAGCAGCUCCACCGCAGACUGGACAAGGAGCUGCAGGAGAUCCGGAAAGACAUCGGAGAUAUGGUCAGCCUCUCCACUGCUGCAUAUGAUGUCAGGGUGGAGGCCCAGUCUAAGAUGAUCAUGAUGAGGGAGAAGGCAGUAAAGGACCUGUCUCAGUACAGCGCUGAAAUGAAGGAGCUGGAGAGGGUGAUCGCACACGAACGCCGCCUCAAAGAGUUCAUGACCACCAAGUGCAGUGAGAGGAGUGGCCAGGAUGAGGGGCAAGAACUGGGCCGCAGGCAUGCAGCAGAGUUGAAGGAACAGAGGAGGUUGGACUCUGGAGAGGAGUCAGUGGACACACUGGAGGAAGUCUUCCAUAGGAUCCAGAAUAUCACAGGAGAGGAAGACCUGGACAUGCUGGUCACCAGGUUCAUCCAAGUCGAGGAUCAGAACUUUGCCCUCUUCAACUAUGUUAAUGAGCAAAACAACGAGGCUGAAGCUUUGAGGGACCAAAUUAACCAGACCCAGAGGGAGAUGGAGCAGUUUAAUGUGAGGGGGCAGCAGCAGAAGCAGCAGCACCAUGCUUUGUUGAGAGACAUUGAUCAGCAACAGAGAGACACAGAGUCUCAGGCACACGAGAAUGAAGUCCUGGCCAGUGCUGUGAGCAAGAUCCUGGACCAGAUAAAGACAGGAGUGAACAGUGUGUUCCAUAAGAUGGACUGUGAUCGCUCAGUGGUGGAGGACUUGCUGGGCUCGUCCUCUGGCAUCCGGGAGAACAACAUCAUGACCUACCUGGGUCUGGUGGAACAGAGGACCAACCAGCUGCUCACCAUGCAGGCCUUCCUCAACUCCAGGGAUCUCGAUAAGGAGUAUGACCCAAAAGACCUUGCCCGAUUUCUACUCGGUCAGAACCCUGAGAUUCCCAGACAAAAUAUCAUCAUACAGCCUCCUGUCACAGGGGAUGACUAUGACACAGAGGAGUCUCCUCUCACUGAUGAGGAAGAGCGGCCUCUCUCCCAGGGAGAACUACGCCAGAGAAUCAUGAAAGGGGUCCUGCUAAAGGAGGGAUCAGUUCGUCACGCAGGACCAAGGAGAAAGAUGAGUGGUCCGUCCAACAGCCACCGGCGCUCCCUAGAGGCCUGAGAGGAGCGGCACACAAGGAGAUAGAUAUAUCCCGACGGUUUUGUCUAGAAGAGAUAAACGCUUGGUCAAAAUGUACGCAGCAGUUUAGGAUAAUUAAUGUAGCAGGUUAGGAGAAUUGGGUUAAGGUUAGGAUAAUUAAUGUAGCAGGUUAGGAGAAUUAACGUAACAGGUUAGAAGAAUUAGGUAAAGGUUAGGAUAAGGGUUAGUAUUAGGAUUAGCAAAAAAUAAAUAUACUUUUGAUGUAAAUUUGACAAAAGCUAUAUCCCAUCUAGAUUUGACCUUUCUAGCCACCCCCACCCGAUGAAGAACCUCAUCCUAGGAAGAAUAGCAGAUUUUGUUAUCUAGUGUUAUCACCUGAAUUUCAACCAUGAUCAAAUGACCAAAUGUCACAAUUUUAGUUAUGAUUUAAUAUAUGGUAGAUAGUAUUACAUGUGCUUCUAUAUCUAAUUUUUAAUAAUAUGAUGCUGCAUCAUCAUGGUUUGUUACAAUAUAAGUGUGAUUUGUUUAGCUUGAACUAAUUAGGUUAGGAGAUAUAAAGACUUCUCAGUCUGGCAGCCAGCUGGUCUUUUGAUGUGUCAUAUGCCAUCUGGCUUUGAUUAUUCAAGUCUGGUCUCAAUACAUCCCCUGCUGCCCUGCUCUCAGAUGCUGAAGUGCUCCAACUGAACACAAGGGGGCACUGCUUUCCAAUCAUUGUAGGUUCAUUGAAACUUGUUUUACCAUUUUCAUAUCUACAAGUUUGGUCAUCAAUAUUUGUAGGAUAUGUUUUCUCCCUUUUUCAAAUAGAUUAGGAACUAUAUACAACACUUGGUGUUUAAAUAUAAAGAUUAAAACAAUGUACUCUCC